AUGCCAAUGCUCACCAAUUUCUACGCCAUUCAAGAUUUAUCCCGGCACAACACCAAAGACGAUUGCUGGAUCCUCGUUGAUGGAAAGAGUCAAAAUGUUCAAAAGCUUUUUGUGAAUUUUAAAUCUGUUCCUAUAGACUUGUCUGUUAAGGUAUACGACGUGACACAAUAUUUGGAUGAUCAUCCUGGUGGAGAUGAUGUCAUCCUUGCUGCAACAGGAAAAGAUGCAACAGAAGAAUUUGAAGAUGCUGGCCACAGCAAAAGUGCAAGAGAACUCAUGGAGCAGUAUUGUAUUGGUGAGUUCGACCCAAUUUCCACCAAGCAACGUUAUUCUGAAAAGUUGAUGCAGUUGACAAAGCAAUAUUGGACUGUUCCGGUAACCGUUGUUGGUAUCUCAGUGGUUGCUGGUUUCUUAUACUUGCGUAAGAAGUAA